AUGAGGUAUGUACACUUCCAGGAAGGGAACAUUGCCGUGGUCCGUUAUCAAGGCUUAAUGAAGAAACUGACAUCACCAUAUGGCGGACCAUACAAAAUAGUUUGCAGGGAGGGCAACGGGUAUUUUGGCUGUAUCCUUGAUGAGAAUGAAGCCCUGGAAUAUCCUACCUCGGUUAGUGAUGAGCUAACUGGACUCGUAAAAAAGGCCAAUGCUCUGGAAGAAUUCACUUCCAAAAACCAAGUACAACCAACAGAGGAGACUCAGUUCUCACUGAUACUCGACCACAGGCCGUCCAUCCGAGGUGAUGGAUCACAGGAGUACCUACUGCAAUGGAUAGAUGCGGAGCGUAUCUGGACGCAUGAAUCAGACAUGGCAGAUGCUGAUAUUCUUACUCUAUACCGUCAACGCACUCGACGCAAACAUAGACAAUCAUGGCAGACGAAGUCAACAGCAACGAGCACUGAUGAAAGAUCAGCGAACAAUAGAAAGCACACGAAGUGA